AUGGUCAGAUGCUUUCGUCUAAAAGUAGAAUGCAGACCUUCUCCUACCGUCCGCAGGCGUGGCUCCAAGCCCAACGGCUCUCAAGCCGCUCGUCUAGAGCAGAAAUUAGAUGGGCUCGUUUCAUUAUUAAAAGCUCGCCAGGGUAGCCCUGAGAUCGGAGAUACAGCAUCAUCAUCCGCGUCCCUCACAUCAGCUCUGUCUCACGCUUCAGUGCCUGCAGAUCGUGGGUCCCAUGCACAACCGCUUGUUGGUGAUCUUGAUAGAGUAGCUACAGAUCAUGGCAAGUCUCGCCAUUGUUCAUCACCAAGAUCACCUCCUUCAUCAGACAGCUCGUGUCUAUUCCCAUAUAGUCUUCCGGCUGGCGUGGAGCCAACUUCUCGCAACGCAAAACAACGUUUGAGGACAUUUUGCAACCACUACACCAAAUUCCUCCCUCUUAUAUAUCUCGAGAACGGUUUGACUUCGGAAAAGUUGUAUCGAGAGUCACCAUUCCUCUGGCUAUGUAUAAUGGCUGUGACAUCUACAAAUGCCAGGGAACAGAGCAACCUGGGAAAGGCGGUUCGAGAGGUUGCCGCUCGUGAGAAUGCCGCUAAUAGCACGAUCAGUAUUGCAGCAUUCCAGACAGUCGGGGAGAACUUGGCCUGGUCACCAUACAUGGAAGAAUGCUUGAAAAUGAUACAGGGUUUAAGGAAUCUUCCUGGAGACGAUCUUCUCGUGCAAAUGAUCAAGCUUCAACGCAUAACGAGCAAGGUCACUGAUCUCCGGAUACAAUUAAGAGAUGCCGACUGCGAACAAAGUACGCGUCUUAUCUCUCCAUACAUGUCUGCCCUCAGCACCCAGUUAGCGGAGACAAGGAAAUCAUUUCCACCACACCUGGCCACGGAUAACUACAUAUACUUCCCCUUCUUUCUCUGGAGGCAAUUCCGAACAGUUAUUCUCACGCUCAUUCGACUCGCAUCCCUCGAAGAUCCGGCGUGGGAUGUGAAUAUGGUUCGACGAACCGUAGAUAUUACGUCUAUUCUCGACAGGACCGCCGAGAACCUGAGCAACGUACAACCCACCAGCGACGAGGGUGAUGAUCACGAAAACGUGGUUGCGAAAUCAUUAGCCUGGGUGAAUAGGAUGAGGACUUGCUUACUAGCUGUCUAUGGCCAGUCAACAGACGCCCAGACCCCUACCUCUGGAGGGAACGGCUCAAUGGGGAUUCCAGGUGUGAAAACGUUGCUGUCAGGGCAGGCGGCCUGGGACGUGUCUCUGUUAAACGGAGGCUUGGGGAUGGAUAUCUUCUCAUCUUUUGAAGAAGAUAUCUUCGGGGAAGAUAUUUCUGGGUGGUGGCCACAGCUAUAUUCUGAAAACGGAUUAUAA